CUUCGUCAGCUCUCGCGCGCGUCGGACGCUGGGAUCAUGUGCUCUCUCCGAGCGGUGUCAGCGGCCACAGGCCGCGGUUCUACUGUUUCUGCUCAAGACUACAAGGUUAUUCUGCCCCAACUGCCAACUGGAAAUAUGUCAUUGAACACAGUUUUUCUGCAUUUUGAUGUGUCUGCCAGGCCAUAUCGAAUCAACGACUUCGAGGAAGAAUGUGAGCGACUACAAGUAGUCAAGGAUGUGGUGUCGAUAGGUGCCUACCAGAUGAAUCAUGUCUGGGCAUUGACGACACACUCAAUGGCCGCGAAGCAAGUGCUCGUAGAAGCAAAGGAACUGCGCAUCAAAGGUAAAAGAUGCCUUGUCAUCGAUCCCAACGACAGUCAGGUGAGAGUCAAGCUUCAUUGGCUUCCUUACCAUAUCAGCGAUGAUGCCAUACGAAAAGCGCUGGAACCGUUCGGAAAAGUUGAGGAAGUGAGCAGGGAGACGUGGCUGACCGGGAAAUUCAAGGGAGCCCAAACCUCAUCAAGGUCGGUGAUUUUGAAACUGAAGCACGGAUUUACUGUCGAAAUGCUCCCGCAUCAGAUUCGUAUACAGGGCAGCAAUACUCUUGUAAUUGUGCCUGGAAGACCACCGCUGUGUCUAAGAUGCAAGAGAUCGGGCCAUAUAAGAAAGGACUGUCGUAUUCCGCGUUGUUCUGAAUGCCGCAAGUUUGGCCAUGAAGCCGACGACUGCAGAAAAACAUACGCGACUAUGACACGGGAAGAUGGCGAUAAUGACGUUACAGAGGCGCUCAUGGACGAAGAGGAAGCUGUAGAAACAUUGCAGCCUCGUAACAUUAACCUUUCCUCGUGGGUGCCUGGACCUGAAACACCAGCCACGAAAAAAGGAACUGAGAACGUCGAUUCUCCAGUGAAGGAUGGGGCAGCAGUUUCGCCUGCUGUGUCUCUAAUAACAGAUAAAACUUCGGGGGAGCCGGAACCAAAGUGCAGCGCAGUGUUUGAAGCUCCGUGCCCUUCAGUGCCAGUGGUUUUGGCCACGGCGGCUGAAGUGAUCCACCCAGAAGCAGAACCAGAACGCCCGGAGACGCCAGUGGUGUCUGAAGACGCGGUCCCUCCGAUGGAUACAGACUUUUUGGACCUGGGAGCAGAACGCCCCAAGACGCCAGCAGCGUCUGAAGCCACGGACCUUCCGAUGGACGCGGGGACGCCGGAGGCGUACCUAUCCAUGGAGUCAGAGCCAGAGGACGCAAGCACUAUGGCUGAGAGGAUGCCUGUGCUUUGUUCGGACGAAGAUCAAGGCACGUCAGGGAGGACCGCAGAGAUGAGCAGCACGGUGCCAAAAGCAAGAUCUAACGCGGCGAUGAAGAGGAACCGUGUUAACGCGGCUCCUCGGAAACCGUCCGUGGAGAAACGUCACAAGCGUACCUUGUGA